GUCAAAUAUGUAAAAAAUUAAGUCACCAUCUUUCAGAAACAAUGCUAUAACUUUUUUAAUAUGAAAUUAUAAUAUUAUAUAUAUCUUAUUUUGUUGAAUAUGAGCAUUCUCUAAUUUAGUAUAGGAACCUAGUGUAUUAUUAUUUAAAAAAAUGGAACCAGAAAUAGCUAAAUAUAUGCGAAUGGAAAGAAAACCAGGUUCUAUCGAUGUCCAUCCAAAUAUUGAUGCAAUCGUCUUAAGUUAUGAUAUUGAUGUGCAAAUACUUGGUGCUAAAGAAAAUCCACUACAUGGAGAAAAAAAGAGUUUGAAAAAGAUUAUUGAACUUCCCAUGAUCAACAGCCGAACCGAUUGCCACUCUCUCUCAAGAGAAGUGAUAAAUCAAUGUGACUUAAUACAUCAUUCGAGAUUAUCUGAGGUUGAACAGAUAAUAUAUUACUUAAAGAAAAGAAAGUUACAGGGAUUAAAGGGACCAUCAAAAAUAGAAGUUAUUAAGGGAUCGUAUAUACCAAUUCUUAUAACAGGUGAUGGUGACAAAAAUGGCGAAAAGGCGUCGUACGCUGAAGCGAAUUACAACAAUUUACUUGAAUACAUCGAUCUUCUCUAUGAGGGGAUGCCUGAAAAAAUUCGAGGCGCUCAUUUUAUCCAGUACCUUGCCAGGGAUCCGGAAAAUUUGGAUGCGUUAUCGAAAAAUGAAACUCUGAUAAGUGCUUUAGGCCGUGUUUUGAGGGAGGACUGGAAGAGAAGUAUAACUUUAAGCACUCACUUGGUUUUUACUUUUUUUUGCUUUUCUGUGUAUUCCAAGUUCCAUGACAUUAUUCUCAAAUGCAAGGUUGGAUCGAUUUGUAUGGACAUUAUCGAUUUCGAAUUGAGAAGGUACGACAAAUGGAAGGCGAGCCUGGACGGGGGCGAAGCACCCACCGACGCCCCCAUCGUGAAAAAAACGUGCCCCAACAGCGCCAGCAUGACCGAGAUUCCGCGCAGUCGCAUUCCCGAGCCCGUGAGGCCUCGGUCCGGCAAUUUUUCCGAUGCGAACAUCAAAUCGGCGAUGGACGGCAGCAUCUACGACGAUCUCACCACUUCCAUGGAGAGUUUGGACGAUAAGAAGCUCACGCCAGAACAAAAGACCAAACGUUUCCGUACAUUGCUUAGAAAACAAGAGCACCUUCUCAGAGUGGCCUACUAUCUGCUGUUAAAUAUCGCCGAGGAUGAGUCGGUGGAGGAGAAAAUGUCAAAAAGAAACAUCGUAGGCCUACUGAUCAAAGCUUUAGAACGGGACAACAACGAUAUGCUGAUACUGGUCACGACCUUUCUAAAAAAACUGUCCAUUAUGCAAUGCAACAAAGAGGUUAUGUCCACGUACAAUAUCGUCGACAGUUUGAGUAAAUUGUUGGAUUCAAAGAGCGCCGAUUUGGUCCAUCUUACGUUGAAGCUGUUGUUCAAUUUGUCUUUCGACAAUAAGUUACGAAGUAAAAUGAUUAGGAGUGGAUUCAUACCGAAAAUCGUCUGUUUUAUGGGUGAUGACAGACAUCAAGAAGUCGUUUUUAAGCUACUUUACCAUCUCAGUUAUGAUGAAGAUUCUAAAAGUUAUUUUGUUGAAUGUAUUGGACUUAUCCUAGAUAUGCUUUUGUUAAGCGGCAAUAACGAGGGUGAUAAAAUCAUGAUAGCUCUCUGUAUAAAUUUAGCAGCGCACGCUGAAAUUUCACAGCAAAUGGUGAGGAAUAUGAGGCUACAAUCGCUCGUUACAAGGGCCUUUACGUACGAAGACAGCAUGCUCAUGAAAUUGCUCCAUAAUAUUUCUAAUAACUCUUCCUUGUCUGCCUCAUUUAUAGAAUUCGUAGGCGACAUUUCCAAAACGGUUGUGGACUCGCAAGACAUGGAUUUCGUCAGAGAAAGCAUCGGAAUUUUAAGCAAUCUCCAUUUGCCAGAUUUAGAUUGGGCAGAAAUAUUCAAUCAUUUCGGCUUAGCCCAAUGGAUCAAGAAAAUUAUUAGUGUAAAUAACGCAGAUCCGGAAUUAGUUUUGCAGGUUAUAAUACUUUUGAGCACGGCGGCUGCCGAUGAAAAUUGUGCGAAAUUACUCUGUGACAAUGGAAUCAUGAAAAAACUGAUAGAUUUAUUGAAAACGCAUCAGGAAGAUGACGAGAUUGUGUUGCAAAUAAUAUACACGUUCUACGUUACACUAUGGCACAAAGAUAACAUUCACUACUUGAUAGAAAAGACAGAUGUGCCAGCUUACUUGGUAGACCUGCUGCAAGACAACAACAAGAACAUCAGAAAGAUAUGCAACACGUGCUUGAAUAUAAUUUCCGAAUACGACAGCGUUUGGGCCGACAGGAUACGUAUCGAAAAAUUCCGACAUCACAACGCGCAGUGGCUUCAAAUGGUCGAUUCUCAGCAGCUGGAGCCGGAAGAAGAAGAAGAAGACGAAUUGCCGCCGUAUUUGAAUACCGAAUACCUGAGUCAGGCCGUGGUCAAACCAAUGAGCAGCAACAAAUCACUUCAUUUAGAAGAAGACAAGGAACUUGAUGAUUAUAUGUUACAAGACGACUUUGAUAUAGAGAACAUUGAAGAUUACGAACUAGAAGAUCUAUAAAAAUAUAUUCCAGUAUAAUGAAAUUUUGAAUUCCAGUCACUUGAUCUAGUCCACUUAAUAUUAAAAAAUAUAUAUAUUUAUAUUAUACCUACAUUACCUUUACUAAGAAUUAUUAAUGAGCUUUAUUUACUUAUUGUUUAUUUUUUAGAAAUUUUACUAAACCAAAAAGAAAACACUUUUUCUCUGUAAUUCAUAAAAUAAAAAAAAUUAGCUAACAAA